CUCGAAUGUCAUUCGCAUGCGGGACUUGGUGCUGUCGGUAUCUCGGAACCUGCGUCCGUCGGUUUGCUACACGUGUCGCGCCUCUGCUUCUGGCCUCUGGCUAACCUCUGGCUUCAGCUGCAUGCAUAAUAAUCUCAAAGCUGCAGCAAAUCCAUCGAAUCUGAUAUACUAUUUGGACAACGGUAUUUCGCCCGGAAGUGAAGGUGAGGACGAGAGAUCCUGGAGUGUGUGUGUGUGGUCCUUUCCGGACAAUCUAAUUCAAUCCAAUCAUCAUCAUCGGGCUAACGGAAAAACCGAAGAAGCAUUGUUGGAGAAAGCAUAGUGAGCAUAGUGUUGUGGUGACUUCCAUUUAGUACUUGUUUUUCUUGGGGUGUUUGGCUUUUGGCGAGGCUUAGUGGAGAGCUCUCGAAGGCGAAGAGGUGAUAUAUAACAGUGUGAGUGGAAGGAUAGAAAUUGAUAAUUAAUAAUUAAAUAUUAAUCCAUCCGUUCUGGCAGGAGCCAGACAGUGAGGAGCCAAACCAUUUUGGCAAACGGAAAAGCGAAGAUAUAAGGAGGAUAUCGAAGCUCUGGGAGUGGAAGUGAGUUUUUUCGAGGAGGGAUUUUCGUGAUGACAAACGCAGUUUGUAAAGCUGUGUAAACUUUGGUUGGAAAACGGAUUGAAUUGAAGUGAAGUAAUUUAACUUUUUGGAUUGAAGCUGUUCGGCGGUUUGGAGCCUACCGUAGAAAAUAAGAAAAAUACAGUUUUGGUUUUAACGCUGUUUGUGGCAGUUAGAGAUUUGAGAAAAUUUUGGAUCACAUUAAUUUCCCCAUCUCCGCCGGUGUAGAAUAAUCAACAAAACAGUGACAGUUAGUAUGCAAUAAUUUUGAAUUCGUACUAAUUGGGCGCAAUUGAGUAUAAAAGUGGCAUUAAUUUCUACAACAAUAAUAAAUCUUCGUCAACUUAUUUGGAAAAACAAACCUAGUGAACGCAUUUUAAGAGCAUCGCAGUGUGAAAAUUUAGUGUACCAGUAUUCAUGAAUUUAUAUUGAAAAUUUCUGCUCCGUGAAGUGAUUUAAACUAGUGGUGCAGCCGAAAAGAAUCAAAGUCGUUAAACACCUUACCGAAGGAUUACAUUAUUCUAAGAAAAAGAAAAGCUUCUCCAGCUAAGCAGAAAACUGAAUCAGGCGCCGGCAAAGCUCAUAGGAAGCAAGGAGUCCACAUCAGCAGCUUGCGGCUGUCAACCGUUGAUAAUCCGUCGUCGGUUCUCAUUGGAUUAAGACAAACGCUGCAGGCAGGCAAUGGCCGCUAUCAUGUUUCUAUAAUCAAUAAAAGAUGGUAGACGAUCUAAGUUGAUAAACAUGGAUUUCAAGGAAAUAAUACUACUGCUAUGUUUGGUUUUAACAUUAGCGCGAGCAACUCACAAAGAUAAUAAAGGCUUGAAUGAAACGUUGAGCAGUUGGAACCCAUCCAGCGCAGAUCCGGAGGAUGAAGACGACGAAGAAGUACAGAAACGUGCGAAAGCUCAGGGUUGGUCAUCGUGGACCGAAUGGUCAACGUGUUCCAGAUCUUGUGACGGCGGUGUAGCGUAUCAGUUACGGCGCUGCCACGCUCCCCACGGCUGCAAAGGAGAUGCAGUGCGGUACAAGAUCUGCAAUAUGCAGCCAUGUCCUGAACAGCAGGAUUUCCGUGCCCACCAGUGUUCAGCGUACGACGACGUGCCCUACGAUGGGGCACUGCUCAAGUGGACUCCCCACUACGACUAUUCGGAGCCAUGUGCUCUGACAUGCAGGGGUCGACCUCAACAUCUGCUGGAGGACAUGCCGGAUUCGGCAUCAGCCAGCGAGUCUUUCCCACCGGUAGUGGGAGACGAUGAGCCUAGUGUAAUAGUACAACUUUCCAAUCGUGUUCAAGAUGGGACCAGGUGUCGACCGGGCAGCUUGGAUAUGUGCAUCCAGGGCAAGUGCCAGCGCGUCGGAUGUGACCUUAAAAUCGGUUCCACGAAGAAAAUAGACGUUUGUGGGGUGUGCGGCGGAGACGGAACCUCCUGCACCCAGCCACUGUACCAAUGGGAGAUAGCCCCGAUGUCUCUCUGUUCAGUCACCUGUGGAGGCGGCUAUAAAAUGGCAAUGCCCACGUGUAGGAACCGGGUGACGGGAGUAGAUGUUGAGGAAUCUCUGUGCAAUGCGUCGUCACGACCCGAACCCACGGUCGUCCAGUGUAACACCCAUCUUUGUCCACCAAAAUGGGUGACCGAUGAGUGGCGACCUUGUUCCAAAUCCUGCGGGGGUGGCAUUCGAGAGCGAGUGGUCGUCUGCGCCGAGGAGAGCAACGGUGCUAAAAACAAAGUUCCGGAUGAGGCCUGCCGAGGCGUUCGACCGAAAAGUCAGGAAACGUGCAACGUCCAGGAGUGCCCCAAAUGGGUGACCGGCGAGUGGAGUGGGUGUUCCGUAUCGUGUGGAAGCGGAAUUCAGAUCCGAAGCGUCGAGUGCAUGGAUACAAGUGGUCACUUCAGCAACCAGUGCGACCACAAAACCAAGCCCUCUACCGGCCAGCAGUGUACCACCGGAAUCGGCUGCAUCGGAGAUUCGUCCGCUUCGUCAGGUCUUGCCGCCAUAAUUGCACCACCACCUGCCCCAUCGCCUCCCUUACCCGUGCAAACCUCGCUGGAUAGCAACGUGGCGUCGCAGUUGAAGGAAAAGUUCUCCCAUUCCGAACGGGAUCCCACAUUGAUGACGUACAACGAUCAACCCUUCUACGCCCAACCGCUGCGACAGGAUCGACUGCCGAAAGCGGAGAAAAUUGUUUCCCAACGAGUGCCCAGUGAGGCAACGUUCAUUCAGGACACGGAAUGGUCUCCAUGCAGCGUCACGUGUGGAGAAGGUAUCCGGCGGAAGCCAUUUAGGUGCAAGAUUUUCCUGGAAUUCUCCAAGCGUGUCGCAACGCUCAAUGAUUCAUUGUGCCAUUCGUACAAACCACUGGACGAAGUAGAACGGUGCGUGAUGGAGCCUUGUUCGUACUCGCACAAUUUUGAGGAAUCAUACUUGAAGGAUGGUAAUCGCCAAAAUUUGGAUGGAAUCAAAGUGCAAGCAGCUGUACCUGGUAAGACUUAUUCGUGGAGAGAAGAAGGCUACACGAGCUGUAGUGCUUCCUGCUUAGGAGGAGUCGAAGAGCUCAUCAUCAACUGCAUAAGAGAUGACACGGGAAAAAUUGUGUCGCCAUUCCUGUGCUCCCCGGAAACAAAGCCGGAAGCUCGGAUACGAACGUGUAACGACAUUCCAUGUCCACCUCGGUGGAAUUAUUCUGAAUUCACCCCCUGUUCAAAAUCCUGCGGGUUCGGGAUUCAAACGCGCGAGGUCACCUGCAUUCAUGAAGUGACACGAGGUGGAGAAAACACUAUGAUCGUACCAAAUAGUAUGUGCACAACGAAGCCGCAACCGGAUCGGCAGUACUGUAACAUCAUUGAUUGUCCUGUUCGAUGGGAGGUUUCGGAGUGGAGCAAGUGUUCAAAACCAUGCGGAGGAGGAAUCAAGGAACGCCGGGUCGAGUGUAAGCAGAUUAUGGCACAAGAACACAAGGUUGAACGUCCUGCUUCUAUGUGUCCAAGUAGUAAGCCUCCAGACAAAAAACCUUGCAAUACCAAAGCAUGUGCUCCAGAAGAUCAGCGACCUCCUAUUGCUGGUACCAACUCUACGUUCAUCCAGCAUGACCCGAAGAAGAACAAAAUUACUCUGAAGAUCGGUGGUGCAGCUACCGUGUUUUUCGGAACCCAAAUCAAAAUCAAGUGUCCAGUUAAGAGAUUCAAUCGAACAAAAAUAAGGUGGAGCAAGGAUCAAACACCAUUGAUCAAAUCGAAAAAGAUCAAAAUUUCCAAGAAGGGCGCUCUGCGGAUCAUCGACGUAUCGUUCAAAGAGGCCGGUGUCUACACAUGUCACGCAGGGCUCAGUCAUGCGGAUCUUAAACUGUCAGUGAAAGCCAAACCUGGAGGAGUGCAACAUCACGAUGAAGACAGAGAAAGGCAUCGAGAGGGAGUGGGGCUGAAUGCUCUGAGAGAUCAUACAUACGUGGCGUCACAGAACCGGAGUGAUGAGAAAGGAGGCAGACGGAAUCGUGAUCGGAAUCGAGGGAAAAAUAGACAACGACAACCACCUGACAUAGUCCAGAACGCUGAGAGUAGCGUGAUGGAAGACGAGGAGAUAUUGAGGUCCCAUUCCCAAAUGACCGCCUCGGAUAGCACGGUCGCUUCCGAUGCGGCAGUAGCGGCUAGCUCCGGCACUCGGACGAUGCCGAUGCCACACUUUCAGCACUUGUUGGCCAGCUUGCAGCUUCUCUGGCCAUUUCAGACAUUUUCCAACUCGAAAGGACAUCAGCUGCUGAUGGAGCACGAAUACAGCCACCUGGACUCGGAGCGGGCCGAAAAGGACGAACCGGUGAGGCCGUUCAACAUCUACGAGCUGCUCAAGUCCAAAGAUACCGGCGAUGAUGGUGGUGACGAUCCGAGCAGCUAUGAUGCCGAACGAGCAGCUGCCCUGGAGAGCAUCGAGUACGAGUGGAUGACCACGCCAUGGUCGGAGUGUUCGCAAACCUGCGGCGCCAAUGGCAGCGGUUAUCGGCUCCGAUCUGCCCGCUGUAUGGUCCAGAUGACCAACACGUCCUACACGGUGGACAACAGCCUGUGCGAAGACGCCGGUCUCGUCAUUCCGGAAACGGUGGAAAAAUGCGGCAAUGUGGACUGUCCCAGAUGGGUUUCCACCGAAUGGUCUCUGUGUUUGCAGUCCAAGUGUUUUGCAUGGCAUACGGCCCUACAGAAGCGGGACGUAUUCUGCAAGUUCGGCAACGUCAGCAGUAGCGAUCGGUGUGACGAUCUGGAGAAACCUGUCACCAAACAGGAAUGCUACAACGAGAUGUGCAAAGGCGUCUGGCGGGUGGAGCCCUGGUCAGAGUGCAAUGCUGCAUGCGGUGGCCAGGGCAUCAAAUACAGGAUACUGCAGUGUGUCUGGUACGGUACCAAAAAGCCGGCUGGUAACGCAUGUAGAGAUCAGCCACGACCUGCCGUGAUGAAAGUUUGUAAAGGACCACCUUGUAUUUCUAAUCCCUCAGAAUGCAAAGACUUAUCGAAAUAUUGUAGAAAUGUAAAAACAAUGGGCCUAUGUAGACUGCAUCGUUACCAGCAACAAUGUUGCAAAACUUGUAGGUUUAAUAUAUAUAAUUGAAGUAUUCUGCGUCGACAUCCAAUUGAGUAACUGCACCGACCGUAAGAUGCAGUGAAACCGAUACGGGGAACCAAACUAAUAGACAAACAGUGCAACAGAGGAGUCGUCCAAUGUGGACGACAGUUCCAAUAGUGACACUACCUACCUAAACUACAAGAAACCGAAAUCCUACCAAACCAAAACGAUUUUGUGGCGAUCCUGGGACCGCUUCGAACUUGAUGCUAAGAGAAACUUCAAAACAGGAGACGAAUGUGUAUAAUAUAUUUAACAUGUAUUUCAUAAGUUUAACUGAAUCGAUUGAACAACUGCGGGAAAGGCCAAUGAAAUAAAUGACUAUAUUGAAACAAAAAUAAAUAUGACAUUUACCGUGCUUUAACUGAAAAACCUUUAUUUAUAAGGAAUGUCAAGAGGCAAUAGAUGUACAUAGCAAAAAUGAAAAGAAUGAAGAAUUAAAAAUUCACAAAUGAAGAUAUUAGAAUAAACAAGGAAAUACCGAUAGGAUAAUCGAAACGAAUGAACGGUUAUGAGUUUUAUUUGAACUUUCAGUAUUUCGGCUUUUGAUAUAUUAAGUAAGAUCGGAAAGAGCCAAAAACAUCAACAGACGUUUUUGUAACUUCUGGGGAGUAUUUUUGAACUUCAAAACUACGAAUUGUUCCUCCGAAAAAUAGCAAACAUUCACUUAAGAAACAAAUAAAACUAAGAUCAACGACCAUGCCGAUAUAAAAGCUACCAGAAAAGUAGCGCCUAAGUUUCUACUAUUCACAACUCAUCGAAAACCAUAGACUUUUAUCAUUCAUCUCUCUUGUGCGUUUUAAAAUGAGUCUCACGUUUAAAUUUCAUCUUAGUAAAUUGGGAACGAGUUCACCGGCAAAUCUACACAAAACAUUUUUAAAACCAAACCUCGAUCGUAAAGGAAUCAAAAUCAGCCUAAAACAAUUAAAUUCCAUACCUUUAAACAAUUUUGGCCAACGAAAAAAAAAACAUACCUUAUUCCUGUUCUAACAAAACGAAAUUAAAUCGAAGGAUGGUCAACUUUCCUAUUCGGUAAAAAAGGCUGAAAUCAGCUGAAUGAUCGUCGGAUCAUUUCGAAUUAACCUGUAUUAUCGAACAAACAUAAAAUUAUAAUUUACAUUGUGUAUGAAAGGGUUCGCCUACACAGGCCUUAGUUUGGAAGGAGGCAUUUUUAUGUUAUUAUCAUAGAACCAUCAGGUCUUGCGAUCAUUGGAGGGGGAGAAGGUUGAUAAUGGCAAAUAUGAAAGAGUACACUAAAAAGAGUCACACUUAUAGAAAACAUACGUCCAAUCCAUACUCAGUUAUUAGGGAUGACCCAAACUACCAUGAUAUUGUUUAAACGUUGUGUACAAAUGAUGAACUAAAAUGCGAUCUGUGUGUUGCGUUUUGAAAGAAUCUAGAUAUGGGGAUUUGUUCUCAACUGGUAUUUUUGAAUGUGCUGAAGGAGAAUAAUUCGAGUCAAUUAACAUGAAAUGGGAUCCGGUUGAUGCUUUUGACGGUGGCAGGAAAACCAAUCAAAUCAAUUACAUACAUUCUACUGAUGCACAAAUAUCCAUGUAACUGGCAACACUGCUUAAAAUGAGUGACUUCAGAGGCAGAAACAAAUGUUCAGAAAGGUAGAAAAAUGAUCGAUUCGAUGUUUUUAUGUUUAUCGCUAACAAGAUGUUGCAAUUGUGAAUACAGUUGGUAAAGAGUACAAUUGAACAGACUUCCAUAAUUGUUGAUCAUUUUAAAAUUGAUAGUUUUGCCCCGACCAAUGAAAUGCACGUUUCCACACUCUGGAGAUCAUCACAGUUUUGAAACUCUGUUUGAAAGAUAAUUUGAAGUCUUUCUUGAAAAGGUAUCUAAGAAUUUAAAAAUCUACUCCUCAAAUUCGUUCAUCGAUGUAUUUCAACUUAAAAACUGUCUGAAAAACUUCAUAAACAGGAGAAGCUAGUGAAUAUUUAAGACGAUUCAAAUUUGUAACGGCUUUCAGUUGAUGUUCCUAGGAUUAAAACUUCCUGCAACUUUAGAAGCAUCAACAGUGAUUUCCAUUUCAAUUUUCAUAAACUCGACAAACUCAGUGAACAUUUUGGUAACGAAAUUUUUGAGCAAACACCCAAAUGGUAAUAAUUCAAAGUGGACUCAAAUGAAUGCUGGGUUUUUAUGGAAGAGAACAGAAACCAUGUUAGUUAGAAAAUAUGAAAUUUAUGAAAUUGUGAGAGUAUAAAAUACGAGUAAAUCACUUUAAUUUAAAAGAAACUAUACAAGCUAAAUACAGAAAAAAUAAACAGAAUACUAGUUCGAAACAAUGAGAAAGACGACGAAGGAUUGUAAAUUUGAAUUAAUUAAAAUGAAACAGAAAGCCAUAAACCAUAAGGUAGGAAAAACACUUCUAGGAUAGUAAGAAAAUCAUUCGCAAAGCAAAUAUUAAAUACAUAGUUGAAUUCUGUUGGAAACCAGCAAUGCUUAGUUUCAUUUGUAGAUGAUUUCAUUCGACUGAUAGAAAAAAAAAUCACGCUAAAUUAGUACGUGUCGUAGCUCGUAAUGCACUUUUUAGUUAUAAAUUAGACCAGAUGAAGGAAGAGCACUCACAGCCUAACAACGCCGACACCUAUCAAUUUCCCACGCCUAAAACCAAAUUAUAGAGCAAUGCCUGUUAGAGAGAACAAAAAAAUAUAAGAAAGCCUUUGACUUGCAAACCUAUUUAGAAGCUUUUGGAAACAAUUAAAACACCGAGAAUCUUUUAAAUUGCGAGACAAGCCCAGGGCAACAAAGUAAGAUGACGCGAGAGUGCAUUUAUGACGAUAUUGUGAUAUUUCAUCCCGAUAGAGAGUUAUAACCUGAUCCCGGAU